AUGGCCCCACUACCCCCCACCUAUCAGGACCCCAAGCUCGCAAAGCUCCCCUGGAUGGUCUCCAGCGGUGUAGCCUUCGUCAUUAUCUUUGGCACACUAGCCAUCAUCAGCUGUAUCUUGUGCGUAAGCUACUGGUACUACGUCAAAUGCAAGAAUUGGGAUGCCUUCCAUAAAAAGCUCAGCAAGCAGUGGCGGAACGUCAAAUUGUGGUUCUGCUGCCAGUAUGUUAGACAUCCGAAGCACCCGGAAAACGAUUGUCAUCUGUUCACCGGACCCGACAGGCUUUCCGGCAGACCAAAUUGGAGCCUUGCAAACCCCUCAGGAAAUGCUCCUGGUGAGAACGAGAAUCGAGAGGCGUUGAGGAGGGCGGGACUUGUUGUUUGA